GUGCAGUGGGAGACUCGGUGCGAGGCGUUGGAGGCGUACGUGAAGACGCGCGGGCACUGUCGCGUGCGCGAAGACGAGGAAGACGGUCUCUAUUUCUGGCUGCUCGACCAACGCAAGGCGAAGCGGGACGGGAAGCUUUCUAAAGAGCGGGAAACAGCGCUCGAUGCGCUCGGUGUGGAGUGGGACGUGCGCUCCACCGUUCACAAAUCUUGGGAAGAUCGGUUGUCUGCGAUGCGAUCGUUUUACGAGACGCGCGGCGCGUUACCGCGAUCGAGCGAAGACGACGCGCUGUUUCAAUGGAUUCGGCAGCAACGACGGCGGUUUGAAAAGGGGGAGCUCGAGCUCGAACGUGUCGAAGCGCUCGAUGGCGUGUGUGUGGAGUGG